CUUUGAUUGGUGUUGAACUACUCACGUCGCGUAAGAAAGCAAGAUGGUCAACGCUUCGAGCUCACAGAAGAAUAUAUGGGUGGCAGCGAGUGACGGAGACUUUGAUAGGGUCAAGGAGCUGAUCGAAGAUGGGUUCUCGCCGAACGAAAAAGAUCAUAAUUCGUACACGCCAAUGCACGCGGCGGCAUCUUACGCCCAUCUCGAGCUAUUCGAAUACCUCUUAUCGAAAGGAGGCAAUAUCAAUCUUCCUGAUGAAGAUGGAGAGACGCCGUUGUUCACUGUCGAGACGAUGGAGGCUGCCAGAUUCUUAGUGGAGAAAGGAGCGGAUGUCAAUUGGGAGAAUGAAGAGGGUCUAGUGGCUGCAGAUAGCUUGGAGGAGGAUCAUCCAGAAAUAGCACAUUACCUUCGAUCGUUAUCAUCUGGAGAUGGGGAAGAUGGUGCGGUCUCAGUGAUCGACGGACAAGGAGCCAACAACGUCGCCAUCGAUCAAUUUGCAGACUUGCAUUCCUCGGCAUUAAUGGCGGAAGCUCAGGCAGUCAUGGAGCAAGCUGCUAGAGAUGGUGUGGAACCGGAUGAACAGCUCAGAGCGAUCAUCCAGAGGCAUGUUGAUGCUGGGAGAGCCUUAGGUGCGGCGACUGGAGGAGAUGCAACACCACAGCAGACUCCAGGAGAUGAAGAUGCUAGCAAGAGAACGAGGACAGGCGACGAGCAGUAACUGGAGCGGUGAUGCGGCCGAAAAAAACAUGGACCAUACCCUCGCCAUGCAAUG